AUGUUAACUGUCCUGACUGCAUUGGACUUGGUAAAGACCACCAGCUGUGUGACCAGCAAAGCAGCCAACAACUGCGAGGGCCCCUUGGGGGCCGCGGUCCCGCCGAGCGCCUUCGAGAGCUCCACGCAGCUGUCCGAGAGCCACGCCCCACGGCUCGCCAGGCUCAAUCGAAGAGAAGGAAGCGGGGGCUGGGCGCCGCAGCGGACCGACCGCAACCGCUGGCUGCAGGUGGACCUACGGGACAGGGUGGAGGUGACAGGCGUGGCCACGCAGGGGCGCCACGGCAGCUCCGACUGGGUGACCAGCUACCAGCUGAUGGUGAGCGACACGGGCCGCGCCUGGAAGCGGUAUCGCCUGGAGGACGGCGUCACGACGUUCCCAGGCAACUCGGACGCGGACGGCGUUGUCCUGCACAAGCUGCCGCACCCCGUCAGGACGCGCUACCUUCGCUUCGUCCCCCUCACCUGGAACCCGAGCGGCUGGGUGGGCCUGCGUAUCGAGGCCUACGGCUGCAGCUACAAGUCGGACGUGGCGGAUUUCGACGGCAGGAGCUCCCUGCUGUACCGAUUCAACCAGAAGUCCAUGAGCACGGUGAAGGAUGUUAUCUCAUUGAGGUUCAAGAGCCAGAAGGGCGAGGGCGUGCUGGUGCACGGGGAGGGCCAGAGAGGCGAUUACAUUACCCUGGAGCUGCACCAGGGGCGGCUGGCCCUGCACCUCAACCUGGAUGAUGCCAAGCUGCACUCGGGCAGCGGUCACGCGUCUGUGACCCUGGGCAGCUUGCUGGACGACCAGCACUGGCACUCGGUGCUCAUCGAGCGCUUCAACAAGCAGGUCAACUUCACCCUGGACCGGCACACGCAGCACUUCCGCACUCGCGGCGACGGCGACUCGCUCGAGGUGGACUACGAGCUCAGCAUCGGAGGCAUCCCACUGCCGGGCAAGCCGGGCACCUUCCUCCGGAAGAACUUCCAGGGCUGCAUGGAGAACCUCUACUACAACGGCGUGAACAUCAUCGACCUGGCGAAGCGGCGCAAGCCCCAGAUCUACAGCGUGGGCAACGUGACCUUCUCCUGCUCAGAGCCGCAGCCUGUGGCCACCACCUUCCUGAGCUCCAGCAGCAGCUUCCUGUCCCUGACGCCGGAACCCAGGGCCGAGAGCCUCUCCGUCCACUUUCAGUUCCGCACCUGGAACCGGGACGGGCUGCUGCUGUUCACCCAGCCGGGCCGCGGCUCCGAGCACCUGGUCCUGCGGCUCGGGGGCGGCCAGCUGCGCCUCACCUUCCACCGGUCGGCUCUGCAGCGCUCCGAGAUCUCCACGGGGGAGAGUGUGAACGACGGGCUCUGGCACUCUGUGAGCCUCACUACGAGGGACCGCCGCAUCUUCCUGGCCCUGGACAGCGAACCCGCUUCUGCCAUCGACCUCGGUGACCAGGGAGAAGGCGACCGCAGCUUCUUCUUCGGAGGGUGCCCUCCGUCCUCCGGCAGCCCGGGCUGCAGGAACCCGACUUCGGCCUUCCAGGGCUGCCUGCGCCUGCUCUCCAUCAACAACCAGCCAGUGGAUUUGUUCCAGGUGCAGCAAGGCCUGCUGGGUAAUUACAGCGACCUCCAGUUUGACAUCUGUGGCAUCCGAGACAGGUGUCUGCCCAACUUCUGUGAGCACGGAGGGCGGUGUGUCCAGUCCUGGAGCACCUUCCACUGCGACUGCUCCGGAACGGGAUAUAGCGGACCAACCUGUCACAACUCCAUUUACGAGCCAUCCUGCGAGGCCUACCGACAGGCCGGGAGCUCCUCGGGGUUCUUCUCCAUCGACCCCGACGGGAGCGGCCCUCUCAAGCCCACGCUGGUCUACUGCAACAUGACAGAGGACAAGGUGUGGACCGUGGUGUCGCACAACAGCACCGAGCCGGUCCACGUGAGGGGCUCCACGCUGCAGAGGCCGCACGUCAUGCGGUUCAACUACAGCGCCUCGCCCGAGCAGCUGCGCGCCCUGGUGGCCACGUCGGAGCAGUGUCAGCAAGAAGUGGUGUACCGCUGCAGGAAGUCCCGCCUCUUCAACACCUGGGACUGGAGCCCGCUGUCGUGGUGGGUGGACUCGAGCGGCGAGAAACACACCUACUGGGGAGGCGUCCUGCCGGGGGUGCAGCAGUGUUCCUGCAGCCUGGACGAGAACUGCAUCGACAUGAACUAUUUCUGCAACUGCGACGCGGACCGGGAGUCAUGGGCCAACGACACCGGCGUCCUCUCCUACAAAGACCACUUGCCAGUGAGAGAAAUCACUAUCGGCGACACGAACCGAACGGGCUCAGAAGCCAUCUACAGAAUUGGGCCUCUGCAUUGCUACGGUGACAGAUUCCUUUGGAAUGCUGCAUCCUUCUAUCAGGAGUCCUCCUACCUACAUUUCCCCACCUUCCAGGCAGAGCUCAGCGCUGACAUCUCCUUCUACUUUAAGACCACCGCACCGUCGGGGGUCUUCCUGGAGAACAUGGGUGUCAAAGAUUUUUUUCGCAUGGAGCUCAGCUCCCCAUCCACAGUGGCCUUCACCUUCGACGUGGGCAACGGGCCGGUGGUCCUGGCGGCUAAGUCCCACGUGCCCCUGAACGACAAGCAGUGGCACUAUGUGCGGGCGGAGCGCCACGUGAAGGGGGCCUCUCUGCAGGUGGACCAGCUGCCGCUGCGUUACGCCGAAGCCCCCGCCGACGGACACCUGCGUCUGCAGCUCAGCAGCCAGCUGUUCGUAGGGGGCACCGCAUCCAGGCAGAGGGGCUUCCUGGGCUGCAUUCGGGCCCUCACCAUGAACGGCAUCACUCUGGACCUGGAGGAGCGUGCCAAGAUGACCCCCGGUGUGAGCUCCAUGUGCCCGGGCCACUGCACCGGUCACGGCAGCCUGUGCCACAACCGCGGGCGCUGCAUCGAGAGCAACAACGGCUACGCCUGCGACUGCACACACUCCGCCUACGGGGGGCCACACUGCAAGACAGAGGUGUCCAUAUCCUUCGAGCGCGGCUCCUCCUUGACCUACACCUUCCAGGAGCCCUUCUCGGUGAUGCACAACCGGAGCACGCAGUCCUUCCCCGCGUACCCCGACAGCAGCAAAUCCAGGGAGAACGUGGGCUUCAGCUUCCAGACAAGCCAGUCCCCCGCCAUGCUGCUGGUCACCACCACCUUCCACAGCCAGUACAUGGCCAUCAUCCUGGCGCACAACGGGAGUUUGCAGAUCUGGUAUCAUCUCAAUAAGGAGAAGAGGCCCGACGUGUUCACACCACUCCCUGUGACCCUUGCAGACGGGCUCCUGCACUCUGUGAGGAUCCAUCGUGAAGGCAGGGAUAUUCACAUCCAGAUUGACAAGGACAUAAACCAAAAAUACACCCUGUCAUCGGACACGGAGUUGAACACAAUUAAAGCUCUGACUUUGGGCAAAGUCACAGGAACCAUGGCUGUGGACGAGGAGGUGCUGCAGGCCGCGUCCCAGGGUUUCGUCGGCUGCCUGUCAUCGGUCCAGUUCAACCACGUGGCCCCUCUGAAGGCGGCGCUGCUGAACCGUGGCAGCUCCCUGGUCAGCAUGCGCGGCCGCUUGGUUGAGUCCACCUGUGGCUCAUCGGCGGACAUGACCACCUCGCACUCUCUCUCAGAUUCGGAGAAGAGCGACCGGGGCAAAGAACCGCUAACGAAUGCAGUGCAGAGUGACUCAGCAGUGAUUGCAGGGGUUAUUGCAGCGGUCGUCUUCAUCACGCUUUGCAUGGCUGCCGUGAUGAUCCGCUUCUUGUACCAGCACCGGCAGGCCCGAAUGGCGGAACCCAUUAAAGAGAAGAACCAUCGGCAUGGACUGGAAACAGCCUACCGCACAGAAUUGGACCUCCAGAACGCAGUGCGGGACAGCAGGAAGGAGUAUUACAUUUGACCCUCCGCAGCCUCUUCGGACUCACUAAGAGCCAUCCUGCUCCUGCCUCUCUCGCGCUCCGUGCACCUCCCUGCCCAGGACCCCAUGCCCUCCUUGAGGAACACAGCUG